AUGAUAGAAGGUGAGAUGAGGCACCUCCAGGGCUGCUCCUGCAGCUGGCCUAGCCUCUCCCCAGGUGCACCAGCUGUGAUGCAGCAGCCUCGAGUGGAGACGGACGCCAUCGGGGCCGGUGAGGGGCCGCAGCGGGCGCUGCCCUGGUCCGCCUGGGUCACGCGGCAGGAUUGGGUGCGCUGGUGCCUGUGCCAUGUGCCCCAGAGCUGGACCCAGUGGUGGACCACAUCGAGCUGGCGGCAGCCGCUGCAGCGUAUGCUGUGGAACCUGGAGGGGAUCCUCUACCUGCUGCUGGCACUGAUGCUGUGCCACGCACUCUUCACCACCGGCUCCCACCUGCUGAGCUCCCUGUGGCCUGUGGCGGCCGCCGCGUGGCGCCAUCUGCUGCCCGCCGUCCUGCUGCUGAUGCUCAGUGCCCUCCCGGCCCUGCUCUUCACCGCCUCCUUCCUGCUGCUGUUCUCUACGCUGCUCAGCCUUGUGGGCCUCCUCACCUCCAUGUCUCACCCAGGCUACGCUCAGGACUUGGACCAAUAG